GUGGGAGAUUAUUUUACCGAGCCACCUGGCAUACGGUGAUCGAGGCGCUGGGCCCAUUCCUCCUGGUGCCGUGCUGGUGUUUGAGUUGGAGCUGUUGGAGGUCAACGCAGAAGGCAGUGGGUCCUUUGGGAGUAUGGUUGCCUUGGGGGCCCUGCUUGCCGUGGGGCUCCUGGGCUUCUUGGCGGUGUGGCUGACCGGGACAAAGGCACUUCCGCCUGGCCCCAUCAUCGCUGUCAGUCACGUCACUCACGCGGCUGGCAAUCCGCAUGUAUUCAUGGAUGUGGAGGCCAGUGGGUCUGCAUUGGGCAGAAUUGAGUUUGAACUCUUCAAGGAGGUGGCGCCGAUGACGGUCGAAAACUUCCGUGCUCUGGCGACCGGCGAAUCAGGGCCUGGUCUCGCCGGAUCCACACGGCACUUCAAGGGCUCACCCUUCCACAGGAUCAUCCCAGGUUUCAUGUGCCAGGGUGGCGACAUCACCCAUGGCAAUGGAAGAGGAGGCGAAAGCAUCUAUGGCAAGACCUUCCGAGACGAGUGGGAGCACGGCCGCAUCCACCACACAGAGCCGGGUCUCCUGUCCAUGGCGAACCGGGGCCGGAACUCCAACGGCUCCCAGUUCUUCAUCACCCUGGCUGCCACCCCGUGGCUGGAUGACAAGCACGUGGUGUUUGGACGAGUUCUGUCGGGGAUGGACGUCGUCUUGGAGAUGGAGAAGCGUGGCUCGAGGAGCGGCACGCCAAGUGAGGAGAUCAUCGUUGUGAACAGUGGCCAGCUCGGUUUGGACGGAAAGCCGAUGGACGGCAACGACAACUACUCCAGUUCCGAUUCGGACAAAGCAGGUAACUGA